AUGAAGAUGAUGAUGUGGAACUGUCGGGGUAUGGGGAAUCCCCUGACAGUUCACAACAUACAAGAGAUCUCUAGAUCUCAUUCUCCCGAGGUAAUGUUUUUAUGUGAAACUAAGAAUAUUACCACGAAUGUUACAACUCAAUGCAAUGAAGCAGGUUUUCAGCAGGCAUAUUGUGUGGAUCCUAGGGGUCAAUCUGGUGGGCUAGUGCUGGCAUGGAAGGAUAAUGCAGUUGUCUCAAUUCUCUCUAGCGAUGAUUUCUUUAUUUUCUUUGAGUGGACAGACCCUACCAAACAAAGGAAAUGGGAAGUAGUUGCUGUUCACCUACAUUGUGAUGACAACAUUCGGUUUAAUCAAUUCCGAAAAAUUAUUGAGAUCAAAAUGACAGCUAGCCCCUAUUUUCUUGUGAUAGGCGACUUUAAUGCCAUCUCCGCCUAUCAUGAGAAAGAGGGAGGAAGAAUGAAGUCGGCCUCAUCAAUAGAGGCUUUCAAUAAAUUCAUUAGUGAUGGUGAGCUGGUGGACUUGGGUUACGAAGGGAGAAAAUUCACUUGGAGCAAUAGACAAUACGGUGACAACCUAAUUAUGGAACGACUGGAUAGACGCCUCUCUACACAUCAUUUCAGAGCAAAUUAUUCGCAAGCAACAAUACUACAUUUAGAUGAUACAGGCUCUGACCAUUGCCCUUUGAUGCUACUGGCAGAUAGGGAGGAGCACAAGGCAAAAAGAAGAUUUCGAUUUCAGGAAGGAUGGUGUGACAAUGAGGAAGUUCUUAAUAUGGUGAAAGAAACAUGGAGGACUGAAUUUAAUGGCUCUCCAAUGUUCAAGCUGUUUUCUAAACUGAAAAAAUGCAGGCAUGUAUUGGUAGAAUGGCAGAAAUCUGGCUCUAGCAAUUCGCAACACCUAAUUUCUGAUUUGGAAAAUCAAUUGAAGCUGGAAAAAUUAAAGGGGACAGAAGCAACAAGAUCAACUAUUUUACAGUUGGAGGAAGAAUUAGCUAAAGCCUACUUACAGGAGGAGAGAUAUUGGAAGGAAAAAGCUAGAAUUCAAUGGCUGAAAUGGGGUGACCAAAACACAAAAUUCUUUCAUGCUAAAUUCCAAAGUAGAAAUCGAAAAAACAAGAUUUUCAGACUACAAGACAGCUCGGGUAAUUUCAACAUAGAUCCUGGAGGUAUUGCUCGAAUUGCCACUGAAUACUUUAAGGAGUUGUUCACUUCCUAUAACCCCUGUACUGCCUCGGCAGAACUGCAAUCUUUGGAGAGGAAAAUUGAUGAUGCUACUAAUAAAAAACUUACUAGAAGCGUUUUCGAGGAAGAGAUCAAGAAAGCUACAUUCUCCAUUAAUCCGUUCUCAGCCCCAGAAGAUGAUGGAUUCACUGAAAAGUUUUAUCAACAUUGUUGGGAGAUUAUUAAAUGUGAUCUAUGUAGUGCUAUUAAAAGCUUUUUCUCUGGAGGUCGGAUGUUAAGGGCAUUCAAUCCUAAUUCCGAAGACGCAAGGCACAAAAACCAUGAGCCAGGUUCGCCCCAUUAG